AUGUUACAAACAGGCGAUACAAAUCAAUGGGAUUUGAGCACAUUACUUUUUGUUCUUCGCGAUACAAAACCGCAAAGACCAGUUAGUAAAGCCAACAAACAAAGAAUUGCAAAAGAGAACAAUGAUUUAUUAGCCAUAACGAAUAUGAGAAACAACAAUGCUCAUCAUCCAUCAAAAUGUAUUUCAAAUACUGAGUUCGAAAAUAUAUGGUCGAAGUUAUCAUCAAUACUGAUAUCAUUUGGCGACGAUGAAGAUGAGAUCGUUGAAUUAAAACUCAAGACAAAUGAAAGUCAACAGAAGGAGUCUGUUAGUACGGUAGAUACGAUCGAAGCGAAACGAUUGAAAGAACUGGGUAAUGAAACAUUCAAACAGAAGAAAUUCGAUGAAGCAAUUAAAUUAUUUUCGCAAGCGCUCGUCCUUCCAGGCUUGAGCGAUGUUGACAGAUCUAUUUUGUAUUCAAAUCGAGCUGCUGCAUAUCUUGAGAAACGCGAAACCUCAGCAAUGACUUCGUCGAAGGACUCCCGUUAUCUGGCUCUGCAAGACGCUGAGCACGCACGUGACCUGCGACAAACUUGGCCGAAAGCGCAUUUUCGCGUUGGACAAGCUCACUCGGCGUUCGGUGAAUAUGAGAAGGCUGUACACUCGUUCAACAAAGCACUGGCGCUCGAUCCGACCAACGCUGAAAUGCAAAAUGCUCGUGAUUCUGCUCUUGAAAGGAAAUUUUACUAUGAUCGGCAAGAUCAUUUGGUUCCGCAAAAUAUACCGCGAACGACUCGUGAGCAAUUCGAUGAGGUGUACAAAAAAAAGGGAUUUUCAAUCCAGCAACAAGAAGAAAUGAUUGAUUUUAUUAAAAAAAGCGAUCCAGGGAAAGCGGCUGUCUUUACCGGUCAUCAAUAUCGAGAUGGUGAUGAGAAAGUCGAACAAAAUUACGAACUAGCAGCUAGAUUUUAUUCGAAAGCCGUCUCUCUCGGUAAUCCUGAAGGCAUGUAUAAUCUCGCCUUGCUACACCAACAAGGUCGUGGAGUGAAAAAAGAUAUGAAAGUUUCUAUUCAGCUGCUGGAACAAGCAGCCGCUCAGAAUCCGAUAAUGUCAGACAAAUGUCCCAUUCCGAACGUCGGUGUGGCCGAAGCUGAACAUUCGUUGGGGCUGCAUUAUGAAACGGGGGUUGGCGUCGAAAUGAAUUACUCCGAAGCGGCUCGGUGGUAUCAACGGGCAAUAGAACAUGGUAGUGCAAACGCCGCCAAUAAUCUGGGACUUAUGUACGGUAAUGGCAAAGGCGUCACCAGUGAUUUGGUCAAAUCGGAACAACUGCUGCGCCUCUCGGCUACACGCGGCGAUUCAAACGCGCCGAUGAAUCUAGCUGUACUACUCUUUCGAAAACAAGACUUUCAAGCAGCAGAACAAUGGUGUCAGUAUGCCAGUGAAAACAACAACAUGCUGGAUAAAACUUGUGUGAAAAAAAUUCAAGAAGCAGCCGAGCAGGAACGGAAAGAGUUCAACGAGUUGGAUAUUGAACAAUGGGAAAAACAGAACGGUUUAAGUAUCAGUAGUUUGAACUAUAAUGAACGUAUUCAGCGUAAAUUAUGCGCGGAAGCUCCAUCAUCCGCCAAAGCAUUCAGUUUCAUGAAAUUUCUCACCGAAACCGCUCAUUUAGUGAAUCAGACAUCACUACCAUGCGGAGGUCAAUCAAGAGUAUAUGAUCGUACGAUGCUGGAAGAAUACUCACAGAAAGGAUAUGGGUUUGCGCAGCGAUUGCUGGAUGCACAAACUCAUUUUUUUACAGCACUACACAUUUUAUUGGAUGACUCCCUUAGCGAUGAUGUCAAAGACGCUCAGUUUAUUCAAGAACUUUCAGCAAGUAUUAGAAAAGAACACAUUGUUAUUCAGUUUCCAGAGGAACUACGUAACGAAGCGAAGUUGAUUGUUGAUCAUGUUCUUACUCAAGGCAAGUCGAAACAGUCACAAUUAGAUGAAGACGCUCGUGUGUGUUUCGGAUGGUUACACAUGAAUUCGUUACAGCCGACAAUCGAGUUUUUGAGCGUUUGUAUUCGAAUGUAUCCGAAGUCACAUUUCUUCUUAGAACUUCGUGGUUCGCUCUAUGGCUUUCUUGAGAAAUACGAAGAAGGUUUAGCGGACUUUAAUACUGCACUUCAUCUGGCUCCUGAUUGCUACAAGUUUCUGUAUGAUAGGGCUGUAAUGCUCAGACUGGUCAACCCUCCCGCUCUAAAUGAAGCAGUAUUAGCUUAUAAUCAGUUUCUGAAAAGUGCACCAGUGGAUCAUCGGAAAGUACCCGAAGCAUACUAUGCAACUGGAAAUUGUUAUUUGGCGAAUAGUCAAUUACAGAAUCACAUGAAGCUUGCGGAAGAAUAUUACGAAAAGGGCAUUGAAGCCGAAAGGCAGCAGCUACCAUGCUUCCUACCAUAUGAAUCGAACAGCAAGUCGCUAAUAUCCAAGUUAUUUUCACUCAAACCAUCUGAGCUUGAUGCAGUGGCGGUGGAACCAACCAUAAGCGUGGGAAAGCCCAAAUCACGUCUUUCUGAUCCACGCCGUCUGGAUAUGAUCCAAGCGCAUCGAACAUCGAUUGCUGUGAAACGCGAACUUCCAUCCGGACAGAAGCUUAUACCCUCAACCAAUAAACCGCGUGUGUACCAAAACUCACCUGCAUCAUUAAUCGGAUUGAAAGGAAUUACACUACGUGAAAUGAACCCAAUGAAGGAUCACGUCUACGAAGGAUGCAUACUGUCGGGCCUGAUCUUUGAGCAAUCGCCAGUAGUUGAGCCAUCACUAUGGCUAUUGUUCGAAGAUGACAAUGGUGAUCUGGAGCGACUCUUUAUAUACAAUAUUCCGGCAGCUGAAGGUUGGCAGUUAGUAAAACACACAUACAUUCACGGUACCAGAAUAAGUAUUUUGAAUCCAUACAUGCGUAUGGCGAUGGAUAACAAACCGGCUAUUCGUGUGGACGAUGCUUCGUCGAUUAUUCUACAUGGAGAUGCUCACAACGUGAAAGAUAUGUGUCGAUGCUGCAGCGAAUCCAAUGCAUCGCGUGUUUGUGGAAAAUGCGGAGCAGCUCACUAUUGUUCGAAGGAAUGUCAAACAAUGGAUUGGAAGCAAUGUGGUCAUAAACUAAUUUGUAACUGA